ACUUUGUUUAAAACUUUCACGUGUGUUAUAGUUACAACUUGGUUACAACCUACAAAUUAUUUAUAUACUUAAUUAAUUUACAAUGGUUUCAAUAAAACAAAUUCGUCCCAAGGACAGGCUAAACAAGGGUAGUGCAAAACUAAAAUCUAAAGUUGAAAAACGUAAAUUGAAAACAAAAAUUGCUAGUGAAAUAGAGCCUUUAAAUAAGAAGAAUUUGAUAACUACACAGCCUGAAACACAAACAAUAAAGAAGACUAAAUACAUAAUGCCAUCAAAAAGUAUUACUGGUGAUCUUAUAGAGCAGUGUUUAAUAGCCUUAGAACAAUUGAAGAUGACUAGUAAGAAGAAAAACGCAAUAUUCGAUGAAGAAACACAAAUAUUUGCCGAAAUAAACUGUAUAAAAAUCCAGAAUUCCAAAGGCAAUAUUAAAAUUGUCCUGCCGCACAGUACUUGUUUUUCAACCAAUGAGAUUUGUCUUGUGACACCAGAUUUAAAAAAAGGAAAGAGGCAUGAUCAUGAGCCAACUAUAGACCGUUGGGAAGACAUAUUGAGAAAUGCCAAUGUUACAGCAGUGAAAACCAUACUUCCAGUAAGGCAGUUAGCAGUUGAAUAUGAUCAGUAUGAAUUAAAACGAAGACUAUUAACACAGCAUGACUUCAUCAUGGUUGACACUAGAGUCUUAAGUCAUGUAUCCCACCUUUUAGGGAAAAUCUUUUUCAAAAAACAUAAUAUGAUCAUACCUGUCAGAUUAAAUGAGAAUGGUAAUAUUAAGAAAGAUAUUGAUAUUGGUUUAAGAACAGCCAUGCUUCGAUUGAAUCUUGGAGCUACAUCAACAAUUGUUGUUGGGCACACAGGCAUGCCCAGAGAACAGAUAAAAGAAAAUGUCAUUUCUUUAGUACAACAAUUGAAAACAAAAUAUCCUGGAGGAGAUGCUAAUAUAAGAUCACUUGCUCUGAAGCUUCCAUUGUCAUUGUCAUUGCCUUUAUAUAUAACACUAAGACCGUCCAGCGUGAUUAAUGCACCAAAACUUGUACACAAGAAACCAAAACAUUUUGCUACAGUUGAGGAUGAACUUUCUACUAUUCCAGACAGCACAGUCAAAGUGGCACCUGAUGGCACUGUGCAUGUAAAAAGACCACAUAAAAGCAAAUCUCAAGAUACUAAUGAAGUUGAAGAAAAUGAUGAACAAGAGGAAUCUGACAAUGACAGUGAAUAGUCUAAAGUUAGAUUUUUUAAUCAUACAAAACAAAGAUAUAAUAAACAUUUUUAUUGUAUUGUGUACAAAUAAAGAAUAAUAAACAGAAGUGAACA